AUGCAGAGCGACUUUGGUGGUAUGGAGGUUAUGUAUCCGACCUCGGAAGCGAGUAUAAAGUCCCGGGAUCCACACCAAACCAAACUUGCCGGGUUUGUGGAGCUCGCUCUUAGCUUCCUUAAGGCUCCCGUCUCCACAUUCAAUGUGGAUAUAGUAGUGGAUCUAACCGCCGCCUCGGAUCCGGAAGUCUCAACUCCGUCCACGUUGGGUGACCCUGAACAAACUCCGAAUCCAAAUGGCAAAGUCCAAGCAGAAACAAGCUGGAAUGAUUGGAAAAUUUCGAGAGAACUCUCUAGAGUCCGGCUCGGAAACAUGCCAGCCGGUGUGGGUUGA